GUGUCCAUCGUCACACUUACUAGAGACUUCAUCUUCUCUUUCGUUGAAUUUGAUGGCACUGUCUCUUCUCUCCUACGGUGUCUCCGACCUCUGCCUCGGCAAGCCUCCUCUCCUUUGUCUCUCUGCCUCUUCCUCCUCCGUAUCCGACGCCAUCACUGCCCUCAAAUCCUCUGAAGAUCCUUUCCUCUCCGUCUGGAACUGCAAUCACGACCGAGACGAUGCCGCAGAGUGCGAGUGUUUGGGGAAGAUAUCAAUGGCUGAUGUCAUCUGCCACUUGUCCAAAGACGAAGACCACACACUCUCUUCCUUAAUCUCACCUGUCUCUGUUCUUCUCCCCAAAACUCGCUCCCUCGUCCUCCAUGUUCAACCCUCCUGCAGCUUAGUUGAAGCAAUUGAUCUGAUAAUCAAAGGAGCGCAGAAUCUGAUUGUCCCUAUACGGACCAAGUCCAUCAUUAAGAAAUGGCAGCAAAACGACAACGUUUCGCUCACCACCAACCAUUCCAACGGACAAAGAUUCUGCUGGAUCACACAAGAAGACAUCAUACAGUUUCUCCUCGGAUGCAUCGCCUCAUUCUCCCCUUUACCGGCGACUUCAAUCUCCGAUCUCGGUAUCAUCAACAGCACUCACGCAAUCCUCGCCGUCGAUUACAACUCUUCCGCCUCCGCCGUCGUCUCCGCCAUCUCCCGCGCUCUAGUAGAUCAAACUUCCGUCGCGGUGGUCGACGGCGAAGGAGAUGAUAAUUCCUUGAUGUGUCUUAUCGGAGAGAUAUCUCCGAUGACACUUACUUGCUGCGACGAAACAGCUGCUGCGGCGGUGGCGACGCUCUCCGCCGGAUACUUGAUGGAGUACUUAGACGGUGGAUAUCCCCCGGAGAGUUUCUUCCAGGAAGUCAGGAAUCGUCUGGAGGAGAAGGGACUGAUGCGUUUGCUCUCGCUCUUCGAGUCUCUCUCACCUUCGUCGUCGCCGACGUCGGAUUAUUCGUCGGAGGAAGAAUCUGCGGCAAGAACGACGUCGUUUGGGAGGUCGAUGAGCAUUUCGGCAAGAAUGGCGAGGAAGGCGGAGGCGGUGGUGUGUAAUCCGACGAGCUCGUUAAUGGCGGUGAUGAUCCAAGCGAUUGCUCAUCGAACGAAUUACACGUGGGUGAUUGACAAAGAUGGUUGUUUUGUUGGCAUGGUUACUUUUGUUGAUAUCUUAAAAGUUUUUAGGAAAUUUUUGGAGAAUAUGAUUUGAAAAGUUUUUUUUUUCUUUUGUGUUUUGUCCUAAAACCUGUUUAAAAAAAAAAAA